AUGGCCCAAGCAAAUAAGACCAUCACGAUGAAAACCCUGGUCGUGUUAUUUGCUGUUUUACUUGCAAUGUUUACCUUCCUCGAGAAAACCAGUGCUCGACCGAACCUGAACAAGUUCAGUCUAUCUAUCGAUGAAGACAGAAACGCGGAAUCUGGCUUCGGGGCAAGAGAUAGAGAAUAUGUCGGGAGAGAACGAAGAACGAGACAUUCACGUCAAAUUCCUUUCGGUGAUGUGAACCAAAUUUGGGGUGAUAAUGUGGAUGAAGUAACGAAUGGUGGCGGCGAUGACGACGACGACGGUUCCAGGCCCAUCUCACUAAAACCCGUCAAUGCAAAUCGGCCCCAGGGAUUGCCGGCGCCACCUGUUGAACAUGGCAGUGUCCAAGCCGAAAAGACUUCGACUUCAACUCCGGCACCAACAACCCAGAGUUCGGACCAGCCGAGCAUUUGCGAAGCGGCUGUCAUUUCUUGCUGUAGAUUCGGGGAAUCUGAUCGGGAGAGAUGCUUUGAAAAAUACAACUGCUCCAGAACCUAUUCCACCGGCAUGGCUUGUUCACCAAGAGUCAUUCAAAUGGUCAUCGAACACUUCAAAAGGGCAUAUGCACCGAGA